AUGUUCGGUCAAGGAGCUGCUCCAAUUUUAGUUUUAAGUCAAAAUACCAAAAGGGAUUCCGGCAAAAAAGUGCAAGUGGAAAAUAUAAAUGCCGGAAAGGCUAUUGCUGAUGUAAUAAGAACCUGUUUGGGUCCUCAAGCCAUGCUAAAAAUGCUUAUGGACCCAAUGGGUGGUAUUGUAAUGACUAAUGAUGGUAAUGCUAUACUUCGUGAAAUCACAGUUCAACAUCCAGCAGCAAAAUCAAUGAUUGAAAUUGCUAGAACUCAAGAUGAAGAAGUCGGAGAUGGUACAACUUCUGUUAUAAUUCUUGCUGGAGAAAUGUUAGCUAUAUCUGAACCAUUCCUUAAGCAACAAGUUCAUCCCACAGUUAUUAUAAGGUCCUAUCGCAAAGCUCUUGAAGAUAUGAUACAUGUACUACAGCAAAACAUUUCUGUAUCUUUAGAUGUCACAGAUAGAAAAAAAGUUGCCCAAGUUGUUGCUUCAUGUGUUGGUACUAAAUUGAUGUCAAAACACAUUGAACUUGCAGUUAACAUAGCUCUAGAUGCAGUUCAAACUGUUUUAUUAGAUGAAAGUGGAAGAAGGGAAAUUGAUAUUAAAAGAUUUGCCAAGGUAGAAAAAAUACCUGGAGGAACACUUGAAGACUCUAAAGUAUUGUCUGGAAUAAUGGUGAAUAAAGAUGUGACUCACCCUAAAAUGAGAAGAUAUAUUGAGAAUCCUCGUAUAGUUUUGCUCGACUGUUCUCUUGAAUACAAGAAAGGGGAAAGCAUGACAAAUGUUGAAAUGUUGAAAGAAUCAGAUCUUACGAGGAUGUUAGAAUUAGAAGAAGAAUAUGUUCAAAAGUUAUGCGCUGACAUUAUUGCUGUAAAACCUGAUGUCGUAUUUACAGAAAAAGGUAUAUCUGAUUUAGCUCAAUAUUAUCUUCUCAAAGCUGGUAUUUCUGCUGUUCGAAGAAUUAGAAAAACGGAUAACAAUAGAAUUGCACGUGCUUGCGGAGCUACCGUCGUUAAUAGAACUGAUGAACUUAAAGAGGAAGAUGUCGGAACCGGGGCUGGUCUUUUCAAAAUUCAAAAAAUAGGAGAUGAAUAUUUCUGUUUUAUCACAGAAUGUAAAAAUCCCAAAGCGUGCACAAUAUUACUACGCGGUGCCAGUAAAGACGUUUUAAAUGAAGCCGAAAGAAAUCUUCAAGAUGCGUUGCACGUAGCCAAAAAUAUUAUGCUUGAUCCGAAAUUGGUUCCGGGAGGUGGAGCUGUUGAAAUGGCCGUUUCUAGGGCUUUGAUGGAGAAAGCAAAGAACGUUGAAGGUAUUGAAAGAAGAGUUUAUGAGGCUGCUAGUAGUGCAUUGGAAGUUAUCCCUCGUACAUUGGCCCAAAAUUGUGGUGCCAACGUAAUAAGAACAUUGACCGCUUUGAGAGCCAAACAUGCCUCGGGUGGCAGCACUUGGGGAAUUAAUGGCGAAACGGGAGAACUCAUUGAUACAAGCGAAGCCGGAAUUUGGGAACCUUUUUCCGUUAAAAGUCAAGUUUAUAAAACAGCCGUCGAAACAGCCAUUUUACUCUUGAGAAUUGACGACAUCGUGUCCGGUUCUAAGAAAAAAGGUGAUGCCGAUGAACAACCAAAAGCAACAGCAAAAACAGCCGAUGAUCAAAAUUAA